UCCGGUUCGAAUUGUUCCUUUAUAAAAGCGAAGGCGUGUUCGAUGUGUUCAUCAGUUACAUUUUUAUCUUAUUAGUGUUAUUAUUCGUUUCGAAACAUGAAGGGUUAUUUGAUAUUGGCUUGUUUCAUCGUCGCUGCCAAUGCGAUCUCUAAAGAGUUUGUGGAAAAGUUCAUGAACAAAAUGCAGGAAAUCGGUGCAAAAUGUGCUACAGAAACUGGAGCUAGCAAUGACGACAUUGCUGAAUUGAUUGCCCACAAAGUGCCCGGAUCCCACGAGGGAAAAUGCAUGAUCUACUGUUUCCACAAAGCAUUCCAAGUGCAAGGGGAAGACGGAUCGCCAAAUCUAGACGGGGCUAUUAAUUCGUUAGCACCGUUAGAAGCUGAGGACGCAGAUCUUUACGGAAAAGCCAAAACUAUUUUUGAAACUUGCAUAUCAAAUACUGCUGCUGAUGCUGAUCCUUGUGUCACAGCUGCUAACCUGGCUACUUGUGCUAAAGAGGAAGGAACCAAGAUGGGAUUAGGACCAGAUAUGUUCGAAAUCUGAUCACUCUUACUUUUGUUUUAAUUUCUUUUACAUUAAUAUUUUAUUUUAAGUAUAUACAAUAUAAAUUUGUUAAUAUAUUUUGAUUCUAUUCAA